GGGUAAUUUAGCAUCAGUUGGGUGCAGUGAAAAUUGUAAUUUAUUUGGAUAAUAAAAAAAAUACCAAUAAAAUCUAAAAUCUGUUUCUUUUGUAAACGAUCAAGUCCAAUACAUUAUUGUUGGUGGAUUAAUUAUUAUAAUGGAUAGUGUUGAUUCACUUCUUAGCCUUCCGGAGGUCGCUUUAGAGAAAAUUCUUUCGUAUUUAACCUACGACGAGAUUGCCAAAAGUCGCACGGUAUGUCGUCAGUUCAACCAAAUUGGAGGCAACCUGUUAUCACGCGGUUUCUUUCAAAUAGAGAAGAGACACAGCGCUAUAUACAAGAGAAUGAAAUCGAUGUUGCCAAGGCGCGAAUCGGAACGUCGAUCGCAUCCAUUGUCCCGCCAUUGUGAUAUACUUUCAGCAAUUGAAACUCGAUUGAGCAUGUUGUCCAUGACGUACUUAAAGUACAUUGAAAGUAGCACUUGCUGCUUUAUUCCCGGAAAGGUUUUAGAUGAAAUUGAUCGUAUUUUAACUCUUGUCGAUAAGGUUAAGCCAGCUCCGAGAACGCACGAAUUGCUUCAGGAGCUACGUGAUAUUAGCAGUAUGGCAAUGGAACACUUUGACGAAAUAAUACUUCCUCGUAUGAAACACAAAGCAUCGGAUAGAAAUACAAUCUCUGCCACAACUUCCACCUUAAAAUCGACUAAAGCACUCUAUGCGCAGGUUAUAUUCGAUGAGAUUCAAAAAGUUAAAAAACAAACUAAAAGUAAUAAGCAGCAAGUGUCGUCAUUGGUGGAGGUUCUACGAAACCUAAGUGCACAAAUUAAAAGGCAGGCAAAAAUGUUGCGAGAAAAAUCAUCAACAAUCAAAGAACAGGAACGAAAAUUACAAGAACAGGCCAUCAAAAUUCAGGAGCAAGAAUCAUCCAUAGCGGACUUAAAAAAACACGUAGAAGAAUGGGAUCAGAAGUUUUCCGAUUUAACGGCGGAAGUAAUUCGAGCCCGUGAGGAUUUUUCAAUGAAAACGUUACCUCCAGUCAGCCACCCUGAUCUAUCAAAGUGUAACAUCAAGCCGCGAACGGGUCUAUCAAAAUUCUUUGAAAUACCACAAUUUGAUUUGGAAAGGAAGCGUAAGGCCACAUCCAUAUCCGAUAUUCCCCAAAAGGUACCGAGGAUGUUCACAACUGGCAGUAUAUCGGACGAUAUUUGUAACAAAAUUAACGAAAACAUAACAAACAAUAUAUCAAAAAGCAUAACGGGCAAAUUACCUGUAAUUAAUGAGAAGGAAAAAUAUGCGGGGUGUCUUAAUCAUAAAACUGGAUUUGUACCAUUUCUCUCUAGUUCGAUUGAAAUGUUACUUAAGGCACCAAUUAACAGUAUUAAGUCUCGUAAACGAAAAAUUUGUGAGGGGAUUGAAAUGAAGUAAAUAUGAACUAUUGUUGUUUUUAUCUGAAUGUGCUUGUUUCAUUACUGAUAGUGUGUUUCUGUAAGCAAACUGUGCAAUUAAAGUUUUUUUUAAUGAAUGGUA